CGUGACCAUUUUCCAGCGACGGCUAAGUUUGAGGCCUUUAUUUCUUUAUAGGAAACUUUUAAAUUUUUUAGAUCAAUCCUUUGAUUCCAUUACCACUUUUUCUAGAUGACAAGCACUAGGAAAGCCUCACACGCUGGGAGCUGGUACAGUGGCUCAGGUGACAAACUGACCUCGCAAUUAGAGGAGUGGCUGGGCAAAGCAACCAGCUCUGGAGCCAAGCAUGCACCAGCAAGAGCCAUCAUUGCACCACAUGCAGGCUAUUCCUAUUCAGGCCCAUGUGCAGCUUAUGCUUACAAUCAAAUAAUACCAGCCGGAAUAAAGAGAGUGUUUAUAUUGGGCCCUUCUCAUCACAAGUACAUGCCAGACUGUGCCCUCUCUGCUUGCAGCCAUUAUGAGACUCCACUCUAUAAUCUGGAGAUAGACAGAGAGAUUUAUCAUAGUCUUUAUUCAACCGGUAAAUUUAGUCAAAUGGAUGUAAGGACUGAUGAAGAUGAGCAUAGUAUAGAGAUGCAUCUUCCUUAUAUAGCUAAAGUAAUGGAAAGUAAAAGAGGCUCAUUUACCAUAGUUCCAAUACUUGUUGGUGCUCUCAAGCCUGACAAGGAAGCCGAAUAUGGACAAUUGCUGCACAAAUAUCUCUUAGAUGAACAAAACCUAUUUGUUAUAUCGUCUGAUUUCUGUCACUGGGGUAAAAGAUUCCAGUUCACAUACUAUGACAAGGAACACGGUCCAAUACAUUCCUCAAUAGAAGCACUAGAUAGAAUGGGUAUGUCACUCAUCGAGGCAUUAGAUACUAAAGGUUUUCAAAAGUACCUUCAAACUUACCGCAAUACUAUAUGUGGUAGACAUCCAAUCGGUGUACUACUAAAUGCUAUAGAUGCAGCUCAAGGAGAAAAGUCAUUUGUAUUAAAGUUCACUCAGUAUGCCCAGUCCAAUCGCUGCACUGCUGCAUCUGAUAGCUCAGUCAGUUAUGCUAGUGCAUCUGUUGUAGUCCCACCAGAUACUUAGGAAUGAACAUGAAACUGUCAUAGUUAUCAUUCUUUAGAGUUUCAAUAUUAAUAUUAAUCACAAUUGCAAGUAUUGCACUCUACAUGAUUACAAAAUUGCAUUUUUUCU